UAUGGCUAUUAAUAAAUAAUCAUUAAUUAACUAUUAUAUAGGUGAUAUAAGUUGGCUGUUUCCAUUUAAAGUAUAUCUACUCAAUUAAUAAUAAAUAGUAAAAUGAAUAAGAAUUCAAAUUGAUUCAUACAUUAUUCCUAGCAAUAUUAAUUGCUGUUGCAUCUCUUAUUGUACUUGGAGGAGUAUUGUUGCUUAAUCUUAUUGAAUAAAAUAAACUAUAUAAUGAAAAAAGAAAAAAAAAACAAAAGAGAAGGAAAACAGAAACCCAAUGA